UUCACAAUGAUUCAUGUGUUCGUAGUGGCCAGUUGUGUCCACAUGCCUUUCCUGUUUUUGUUUUUUUUCUUUUAGCAAAAGAUGUAAAAUGAUACUUUGGCUUCGCCAACAAUUCCCCAAACAAUAUAGAGUAGAUUUCCAAUCGCCCUCAUCAAUGCAAGUUCCUAAUUUCUGUCUCUAAUUCUUGAUUCUUCAGAAGAAGAAUUUUUCCAUUUUGUAAAACCUUCAAGGAUCCUUUUUUUUAUUUAUUUUUUUACUAUUCUUUGUUUUUUUUUUCCUUCAGAUUGAUCAUGUUUGCCAAAAUCGUUGCAAUGCUUUUCAGCUGUGCCAAGAUUUUUGUCUCAGGCAAAGAAUGUGGAUGGAGGAACAGAAUGGUUUUUGGCUUACUUUGCCUCCUUCUUGGAAUAACAGUGAGUUCUUUCUUGAUUUUGGUUUUGGUGCUAUCAAAGGUUGGAGUUGGAUCGGUUAACUUAAGCAUCACUUUUUCCUUUGGAAUUUUGGUAUUUGUUCUUGCCUGCGUUUCUAAGUCGGCACGUUGUAUGAGCGUCUUGUUCCUCUUGGCAUGCGGCAUGAGAGAAGGCAGAAAUGUACUCAUCACCAUUGGAACCAGCAUAGUUGUCUUUAAUAACGUAAGAAAUAUCCUGGGAAACCUAAAAAUUGUGGCAGACAGUAUCAUCUGCAACCUGGAAGCCAAGCGCGUUUCUCUAAAAGUUGUACCUUUCGAUUUUUACUCCAAUUGGCUAUCUUCAAUAUAUGUCUAUGCAAAACAACAAUUUUUUAACCCAUUUUCAGAUGUCGUCUCCUUGUCUGAUGAUUUUCAAUGUGAAAUAAGGAUUUCGGAUCAUGAACUUAAUGUUAUGCUUAAUGAAACAAAAGCACGGAUGCAAACUGCGUCUUCGAGUAUUUCUUCGGUGUUCGGUAUUAUGACAUUUGCCGGCCGCAUAGUUUUUCUCAUUGGAGGAAUUUCCAUCAUCCUGGUUGGAACCUGGAUCUUUUUUAAAAAAUUCCUGAUUCUAAACAAAGCCAAUAACUCGUAUAUUACAAAGGCAUUUGUGCUGUAUGAUGAGGAACAGCAAAACACCUUGCGUGUUCUUCCUCUCAGUAGGAAGGAGCAGAACAUGUACAUCCAAAUUCCCAGCCUAAGAACCUCAGAUAAACAAAAGCUGAAUGUGGCUCUGUAUUUCCUUCCCAUAAUGACAAAUAUUUUGAUUUGGACUUUAAUUUCAUUUUUAGAUUUUAUGCUUUACUGGCUGAUUCUUACUGUAACGAAACACCUAAAAAGUUUGGAAAUGGCUGUAGCUCCAAUAACCAUGACCUUUUCUCACACUCAUAUGGACCUCAAAGAUUUGUUCAAUUUAAGAAGGGCUGACACACAACAACACACCAUGAAUAUUACACUAUUUGAACCUCAGUGUGCCCCAAAACCAGAGCUCUCCCUUACUGCCUCGUGGAUCCCAUUGACCAUAUUAAUCGGAGUACUAGUCUUCUUUGGUUUAUUCUCCACUUUCCUGAUACAAAUGAAAUUAUUGGUGAUGGCUUCCUUCUACCCAUCCAAAGAGUUUGAGAGAGUCCAAUACCUUCAUCAGAAGAUACUGGAAGAAAGGUCACAGGAAACACUGGCCAGCAAAUUAAAUCAAACUCUCAGGAACAUUCUGGCACAGGCUAAUUUCUGGUUCCCAAUUCUAACAAGGAAACAUUAUGUGAACAGCUAAUGAACUGAGAGAUUAACUCUUUGCUAUACAUCUACUGUGGUGUAUUUUAAAAUAAAGCUGUGGUCACUGAUAUUACAGUAUGUCUUGGCCGAUCCUACUACCGCUUUGAUCAAAAACAAUACUCAAGUCUUUGAUGUUGGAUGCCACUGUGGACUGCUAUCAAUCAAAUGUUCCAGAGCAUUUAAAAAAAAUAGCCUCGGGUCCUUAUAAUAAACUUAUUUUUCCAGCAAGGGGAGUUAUGUAGUACAGGUAUGCGCCAGACUGGGAUAUGUUAAUUCUUUUUCACAUGUGCAUAAAAACGUAUGAAACUCAUGUGCAUUUAAACAUAUUUAGAUACAUUUUAUAAGGGUUUUUGUGCGCAUUGAUGGGUGGGUGUGUUUUUUUUUCUGUUUCCUGAGUCAACAUAUUACUACUUUUACUUGUGUUACAAUUAUGUGAAUUUUACAUGCUUUUAUGUGCAUUGCGUUGUGGUAAAUUGCAUAAGUGGUGAGCAAGCCUUGUGCUUGGACAGGAGUUAUCCUUGCAGCUAAAGAGUACAAUCAGCAUUCUAUUAUACAAAUACAAAACAUUUCUUCAUAGAUGCUCGCUGAUGGCUGCCAUUACUAGUAAAAACAUUUUUUUUUUACCAAAAAUAGGUAGCAGAAUACACGUCACCUCGCGAAACGGCCCCGCUCGUCCCUGAUCCCGACGCGCGU